AUGACGGUGUUGAAAGCCGGUCUCAAGCGCGAUGACUACAGCUGGCGUCAGAUCCGUCCCGGACUCUGGCAGCGCGACGCCGACGAAGCAGAAGUGUUCUACUCCACCCUCGUCAAACUCUACGAAGGCUCCGGACGGAUGCAAUUCGCCAUCACCGGCCACAUCACCUUGAGAAUCCAUGUCCCCGAAGAUGAGUCUGUGGAAGCCGUAUCCAAAAGAUUCGACGAGUCUCUCCGCAUCGCCUGGCUCAGACAGCGCUACGAGACACCCGCCAUUGCGUCCAAGGUUCACUACGACGCCCUCGACGGGAAGUGGAAGAAGUCCUACCGGACUAUUCCCGAUGAUGCAUCGACCAAGGCAUGGCUGGAGACGUUCCAGGUUAUAACGACUGGUCAAACGGGUGGUGCAUGGGCUAAUUCCGAUCCACCCGCUCCUGAAGUUGCUACUCUGUUCGUCGUAUGCCCUGUCAUCCCGACCCAGGAUCCUUCCGUCGUCCGUCGUGACCUCAUCCUGCGCUCUCCGCACGACAUCAUCGAUGGCAUCGGCACUCUUCACUUUCUCAACAGUCUCGUUACCAAGACCGCCGAGGCCUUCAGAGAAGGCGACUUCUUCCGCUCUUUGCCUGUCUUCGACGGCUCCGAAGCAUCCAACCUCAGCCCGCCUUACCGCAUCGCUGCCAAUGUUCCCUCGGUCCCGACGCCAGAGAUACAAGCUCGACUUGAUGCCUUGGAGUCCACAUCCGCAUCCUUAAAUGCACCCUCUCGACCCGCACCAAACACCAACGACCAAACCCAAGAACCGGCACCCGCGCCCAUUGACAUCGGCAUCCCCUACAACACAAAAGGCCCUCUCCUCCCCUCCAAAUCCAGCCGCAAAUCGAUGUCCUGGCCCCAGGAACACCUCUCCAGCCUAACCACCUACAUCAAGACCCACUGCCACCCCGGCACCACGGUAACGCACGUCUUCCACGCCGCCAUCGCCCUCACUUUGCGCAACAUCAACGCCCGUCGCUCGGCCAAUGACGCUCCUCUUGUUUCUGGACAAAAGGUUCGAUACACCAACUACCUCCUCCGCAACGAACGGCCCUCUUGCCUGCCCCCUUACGACACCCCUGCACACUGCGUGAGCGUGUAUCACUCGCUACCGGCUUCCAAGCUUGAAGUCGACAUGGCGCCCUCUCUUCCCGCCAGCAGUGGGGAAGAGAGGAGGGGGAGGAGGGAGUUUGAGACCAUCAUCUCCCAGAUUCGCGACUUUUACGUGGGUGUCAAGGAAGAUCGUCAACACUUUGCGCUGGCGCCGGGGAUUUGGGCUGAGUGGACUCGUCAGCUUGGAGUCCCUGAGCAGGUACUAAAAGGGGAAGAAAAGAUGCCGGUACCAAAGCCGAAGAAAGUGCCGAGUGUGAGUAUUUCCAGCAUGGGUGUCGUUGAGCAGAUCGUGACCAAGUGGCAUGAUUUGGGAUUUUCGGGGUCCGAAGAGUCCUCAUCAGGAGUGCCUCAGGGUAAGGGUGAAGAAAAGGGAGGAGAGGGAUAUGAAAAGCGGCGAGAAGGAAAGUUGGAAGUGCAAUGGCCGUGGGUGUCGGGUGAUGAACUGAGCAAUGGAUUGGGAGUGUUCUUGCGGACGUUCGAUGGCAGGCUGGAGAUAAGUGUUGUGUAUAACGAGGCGUGGCAUAGCGAGGCGGACGUAAAAGAUUUCUUGUCGUCUUUGGACUUUUAUGUUGAGAGCUGGAUGGGCGGAGGGGGGAUGAAUCCUGAUGAGGAUUUGGGCUAG